AUGUAUUCAAAUCCAACUAACACUCAUAUUUUUCAAGAGCCACAUGCACCAACCCGUGCACGCUCCCUAAGCAUCUGCUUAAGUAUCAAAACGUUAAAGGUUUCUGAUGAAUCAAUUCUUAAUGAUCUUUCCAAACUUACAGGACUUGAGAACGUUACAUCUACCAGUAUUGUUAAUGGAAGUUGGACACGCGAAGAAGAUGAAAAAGUCAUUGAAUGGGUCAAAGUUCACGGACCAACAAGUUGGACUAAGCUUGCUGAAACAAUUCCAGGAAGAAUUGGCAAGCAAUGCCGUGAGAGAUGGCAUAAUAGCCUUGAUCCAAACCUUAUUAAGACGUCCUGGACUCCGGAAGAAGAUGAGACCAUCAUAAAACACCAAAAAGAGCUUGGAAACAAGUGGGCUAAGAUUGCUGAAUUCCUUCCAGGAAGAACAGAUAAUGCAGUUAAGAACCGCUGGAAUUCGGCAUUAAAACGUAGAGUUGCUGCUGGUGAAAAUGCCCAAACUCAAAACAAAUCAAAACAAUUACCACAGAAACCAACAGAAGCAAAGACAGAGAUUCAGAAGGUGGAAAUACUAACACCAGUAACAAAUCUUACAUCUCUGCCAUCUGAGCCACUUUCGCCAACUGACAGUUCUCUUUCAUUUAAUGUAGAACUGGAUGAUAUAUCCCCAUCAUUAAUUGAUGUUCAUGACAUUUAUUCUCUUCCAACUUUGGAUUCCGAAAUGCCAGAAAUUUAUCAAGACCUCAGGUUCUCAUUUGAAUUAUAA